UGGGUUGCUCGUGGUGGGCGGGUCUUGUGCUGUCCGUGAUCGGUUGAAGAUUUGAAAUACAGAACAACAGUCUUCUUCUUAGGUUGGUACAGUAACAGGAUUUAAUUGGCAAAAAAAUAAUAAUUAAGGAACCUGGGAAAAUUUGCAAAUUGACACAAUGAUUUGCGACUGAAACGGAGAAACACAAACGGCAGCAGAUAAAGGCUCUUUCUGCUGAACUAAGAAGGAAAGGAAGACAGUGUCAGCAGCAGGUACAGACUAACACCUCAAGGGAAGACAAAGUUAAAAAAGCAAUGUUCAAAACAAUCACCCGACUGCUUUUUGGGGGAGAAGAGGAGGCCACUGAAGAUGUCAAGUCUGGUGAAGUGCUGGAAGAAGGGUGGCUUGUUGUGAGUCGUCAAGAGGCAGAUUCAGCAGAGAAUCAGGGUGCAGAGCUGACUGACACCCCGUCAUCAAACUCUGAUCUUCAAGGAGACACAGUUGCAAAUGUCGAAAAUGACAUCAGUGUUUUAGAUCCAGAGCCCACAGUUGAAAGCAGCAGCAGUCGAGCCAUCACAGGCUCAGUUUCUCAGCCUAAAGCUGUGUUAGAGGUGACACAGUUGACCUGCAGCCAGAAGGCUAAGGCCCGGGCAGACCCACACCACAUGUCUCGUAACGCCAUUCAGCGCCAGAACCGUGUUCGCCAAGGACUCCAACAUCACUCCUUCCACCUCCAACAGCCAGGACAACGCAACCUCAGCCACUGAGGCUCUGGUUGUACAACUGAAAAUGUUAACCGUGAAAUAAUCCUAGACGCAUAAUACUUCACACUACAAUACACACAAAUACACACACUUUUUUGUCUUGUGCAGAUUUUAGCUAUACAUCGGAUCGAGAUGUAAUCCAUCACAACAACUUUACAACAGGCAGCUACAUUAUAUGUAUAUUUAUACUCGUACUGUACAAGAAUGUUGACAUGAAGAUGUUCACCUCAUGAAAUGAGCUACACUAUGUUUUCAUGUUUGUGUGCAUGUGGGUGAGUGCAGCCUUUGCAGAAUGUAUCUUCCAACGUUUUUGACAAAGCGCUGUUCUUUGUGUAUCGACGUGCAUUUAUUUACCUUUAUGUACCUGGUUUAAACCUUUUUUUAUACGACAAUAAAAUUGAUGACUUUGCA